AUGCAGACGAGAUGGUUGGAGAGAAUAGCCAGGAAGAGAGAUGCAUGCCAAGCAGCAGCAAGCAUCAAUUGGACGGACACCACUUCUUCCAUGGGAAGUGGUCAUACGCUCUGGGAAGACCUUCGUCUCGUGGGCCUGAGGGGUGGGGAGCUGUCAGGUUUCGGGGACCUCAGUGAUUAUGUGGAGAGCCCGAGCGGCGCACUCUCGAGGUCUACGACCCUCGCUCCCUCAGACCAGCAGUCCUCAACAUCACGGUUUUUCCCCCGCGGUAUUUCCAGCGAUAGUGGCUCAAUUUCCCGGUCUUCGACACCGAGUAUUCGUCGCCAGCAUCUGUCAUCCUCCCAACAUCAUGCCAUCCCUUCCGGCGCCCAAUCUAAUACUUGCCGUCAGAACCAGAUCACAGAGUCUCCUCGUCCUUUCAACCGAUUGGUCCAACCUCUCGAUGCUAAUUCAUCUGAACAAGUUCGUGAGGCAUUCAAGCGUGCCCAAGACGCAAAAAGAACAGUGGAACCAACAGACAGUCCCUGCAGUUCAACGAAUAACAGUCAGCAAAGCGCUUGGUCUGUCGAGGAUAUGGCUGAGGAUGUUCCACCCGAUGACAGCUGCUCUGUCUUCAUUUUCGACCUUCCGAAGGAUGUCACCCUCUCCAAAUUACUUGGAAGCAUUAGAGGCUAUGGUCGUGUUCGCUACUCAAAGAACUGCAGUUCUGGAGCCCUGGUUGUCUUUUUUGAGCGGGAAGCUGCGCAGAGGCUUGCCCAAGAGGGCCACCUCAUGGUUGGCGGGGUGCAGGGCAACAUUCGAUUAGCGAAAUGUCGAAUUGCACAGAGCACAUUGCCGAGCGAGUUUUCAAGGGUUCUCGUUAUCACAGGCCUCACGGGUGGUUUGAGUGUUGCGUUCUUGAAGGAGUGCUUCGAGAUGAAGAACAUCCGGUAUGAACUCGACAAGAUAGCGAUGGUGUCGUCAGGCGAUAUGUCUGCCCUUGAGGUUCAUUUCGCCUCUCACUCGCAGGCUGCGAAGGUGAAGGAAAUGAUCGCGACCGACCCCUACUUUCGCAAGAAGGGGACAAAUGCGACUUACGGGAUUGACCCAUGCGCCGAGCCAUCCGUGGUUGGCUCCCAGGAAGAGUAG